AUGCACAAACAAGAAAUUGUUUUAAGUGAACCACUAAUGAGUUUAGACCCAGCUACAGACUUAGACGAACCUAAUGCCAAAAUGGAUUUAAAUGAAGGAAAUUUAUCCAAUAAAAUUUCAAAAUACAAUGAAGAAUUGACAAAAGAAAUGCACAAACAAGAAAUUGUUUUAAGUGAACCACUAAUGAGUUUAGACCCAGCUACAGACUUAGACGAACCUAAUGCCAAAAUGGAUUUAAAUGAAGGAAAUUUAUCCAAUAAAAUUUCAAAAUACAAUGAAGAAUUGACAAAAGAAAUGCACAAACAAGAAAUUGUUUUAAGUGAACCACUAAUGAGUUUAGACCCAGGGAAAUGGGUGUUUCCGUUAUCAGGUUCACAGCGUCACGAUUUAGUUCAAAAUGGUCCUCAACAGAUGCUAGAUACUUGCGAUGAAAAUUAUCCUUUAGACAAUAAUAAGAGACAUUUUUCUAACUUCCACUAUACAAGAAAAUUAAGUAAUGGCGAAACUCAACAUCGCAGAUGGCUAGUUUAUUCUCAAUCUCAAGAUAAAAUAUAUUGUUUUCCGUGUACAGUUUUUUCUAAUUUACAAACACAAAUGAUUCGUGAAGGAUGUUGUGACUGGAAACAUCUAAGUACAAUUUUGCAAAGACACGAAAAGAGCAAAGAGCACAUGGUGUGCAUGAUUAAAUGGGUAGAAUUUGACAAACGAAUUAAACUCGGGAAAACAAUAGAUCAAGAAAAUGAAAAACGGAUUCGUGAAUCACAAAAGCAUUGGUACAAUUUGUUUGAAAAAUUAAUUAAUGUAAUAAAUUUCUUAGCCUCACAUAAUCUAUCAUUUAGAGGUCAUCGAGAAUCAAUGAAGUUAGAUGAUAGCAAUAACUCUGGAAACUUUAUUGAUUUAUUAAAAUUAUUGUCCAAAUAUGAUCAUUCAUUACAGAACCAUUUUCAACUAAUUAAUGAAAAACAACUGGCACAACAUUAUUUGAGUCAUGAUAUCCAAAAUGAAUUAAUUAAACUUAUGUCUAAAAAAGUAAUUGAAGAGAUUAUUAGUAAAGUAAAACUAGUGAAAUAUUAUGCUUUCAUGCUCGACUGCACUAGAGACAUAAGUCGCGUUGAACAGAUGUCCAUUAUUUUAAGAUUUUGUAAUACGUCAACCGGUGAUAUAGAAGAACAUUUUAUUGGAUUUAUUGCUGUUGAUUCCACAACAGGGGAACAUUUAACAAACAUUAUUCUACACGAGCUAAAAAGUAAUGGUUUAGAUAUUCAAGACUGUCGUGGACAAGGUUUUGAUAAUGGCGCGAAUAUGGUAGGAAUAAACAAGGGUGUUAAAACACGAAUAUUAAAUAUUAAUCCAAAAGCAUUCUUUGCGCCUUGUGGUUGUCACAGCUGGAAUUUGAUUUUAGUAGAUGCUGCUAAGUCUUCCAUUACAGCUACAACAUUUUUUGGCUUUAUUCAAAAAAUUUAUUUGCUCUUUUCAAAAUCUAGUAAACGAUGGGAUCUUAUUAAAGAUAAAUUAAAACUAACAUUAAAGUCUUUAUCUGAAACAAGGUGGGAAAGUAGAAUUGCUGCAGUCAAAGCAAUAUUAUUUCAAUUUGACGAUAUCAUUGAUUGUAUAAAUAUACUUAAAAUGCAAAUAGUAGACGCAGAAACUCUAUGUGAUUGUGAAGCCAUUUUAAAAGAAAUGUUAACAUUUGAAUUUAUUGUUGCAAUACAUGUGUGGUAUGAAAUUUUACUUCGUGUAAAUAAUAUAAGUAAAAUCUGGCAAUCAGUUCAAGUUAAUUUAAAAAUGGCUGUUGAUUCUUUAAAUAAUUUUUGCAAUUGGAUUCAAGAAUAUCGUGAUAUAGGAUUCAAUAAAAGUAUUAUAGAAUCUCGCCAGUUCAUAGAAAAAAGUAGUUAUGAAAUAGAAUUAAAUUUUAAAAACAAGAGAAUAGCAAAGAAGAAAAAAAUGUUUAGUUAUGAACACACUGAUGAACCUAUAGAGAAUGGUAUUGUCAACAUUCGAACCCAUUUGAGACCAAUGUCCGAUGCACCAAUCAUAGUUCAGCCAACACGAGCGCCUCGUGCCACUGCUCAAGGUGAUGUUAUACAAAUCGCGCCUCAAAUAUUUGUCCCCGAUGUCCCGGCCGGUGGAUCGAAUGCGAUAUCCAACGACGACGAUAUAUUGUUCGCGCUGAAUGCAUUGAAACGUAAAAUCUGUUACGAAAAACAUUCAUCUCUGACCGUAUAUCAUACGGUCGGUGAUGUGGAGCAACCGAGUGUGCUACAUGCGGUACCAAAUAGUAAUAGUUUCAUAUAG